UUUAACAAUGGGCGGCGCGAGCGCCCUGGUGCUGGGUCGGAGCUGAGGCCGGCGCUUUGCUGCCGACUGUCCGCAGCAUGAGCGGGGCCGGCGUUCCCCGCAUGUCGGCGGGGCUGGGCCUGUGAGGGCCGCGGUUCCGGACUGAAGUUGCCUCGUCUGGCCAGGCACGCCGCCGGGUCCCAUGGAGCUGGAGGCGCAGUGGUGGCGGGGACAGCUGGCUGCCGACAUCCAUCAAGCUCUUCGGUACAAGGAGCUGAAGUUGCCUUCCUACAAAGGCCAGUCCCCUCAACUAAGUCUCAGAAGAUAUUUUGCUGACUUGAUUGCCAUUGUGAGCAAUCGUUUCACACUCUGCCCUUCUGCCCGGCAUCUUGCUGUCUAUUUGCUGGACCUGUUUAUGGAUCGUUAUGACAUCUCUAUCCAGCAGUUGCAUUUAGUUGCACUUUCCUGUCUGCUUCUAGCAAGUAAAUUUGAAGAAAAAGAAGAUAGUGUGCCUAAGCUGGAGCAGCUCAACAGCCUGGGUUGUAUGACUAAUAUGAAUCUAGUAUUAACAAAACAAAAUUUGCUACAUAUGGAACUAUUAUUAUUAGAAACCUUUCAGUGGAACCUUUGCCUUCCAACAGCUGCCCAUUUCAUUGAGUAUUAUCUCUCCGAAGCAGUACAUGAAACAGAUCUUCAUGAUGGCUGGCCAAUGAUUUGCUUGGAAAAAACUAAACUCUACAUGGCCAAGUAUGCAGAUUACUUCCUGGAAGUAUCUUUGCAAGAUUAUGCCUUUCUAAAUUAUGCACCUUCUUUAGUAGCUGCAGCAUGUGUGGCUUCUUCAAGGAUUAUACUUCGUCUCUCUCCAACGUGGCCUACAAGACUGCAUCGUCUUACUGCUUACUCCUGGGAUUUCUUAGUGCAGUGCAUUGAACGGCUAUUGAUCGCUCAUGAUAAUGAUGUGAAAGAAGCAAACAAACAGAGAGGACAGGCAGGACCUCAGCCAGCACAGCUAAGUGUGUUCCAGGCAGCCUCCCAGCCCUCUCGGGCAGUUCACUUUCAGCAGCCUCAGUAUCUCCAUCAGACUCACCAGACCUCACUGCAGUAUCGCCAUCCUGUAUCGGAACAACCAAGCUGUCAGCAGAUUGUAUCUACUACACACACCUCAUCUUACACACUACCAACAUGUCCUGCUGGCUUCCAAACUAGCGUUCAGGGCCUUGGGCAUGUGCCAGCUGGUGUUGGGAUGUCACUGGCAAUACCGGUAGAAGUUAAACCCUGUCUGAAUGUUUCUUACAACCGGAGUUAUCAGAUAAAUGAACAUUACCCUUGCAUUACUCAAUGCUUUGAAAGGUGAUUUUAUGUGAAGGUAAGACCUGACCCAGACUGUUUGUGACUUGAAGCUCUGGGGCAAGCUUUUUGUAAAACUUCUCUUCAAAAGGAAAGGGAUCCAAAUUUCAUCAGAACUCUUGAGAUACCAGCACCAGGAAAACUGAUUAUCCCUUCCAACACACCGUGAAUAUCUGGGAGGACUAAGGUAACACUGCAAACACUUUAACAGUGUAUAUGUCAAAUCCUGUUAAAACAAGUUUCUAUAUGACACAUUUUAAAGCCCCAAGUGAUGGUCCAAAUAUUUCAAAAAUAUUCAACCCAACAGAAAAUUUGGACAGACUCCAAAUUUGCUGUUUCAAGAUUUGACCUGUGGUGGGCUCUGGGCCUAAUGUUGGCUUAUAUGUCAGAGAUUAAUGUUUAUCUGUGGACUUGCCAAACAUUCUUUUUAUGAAGGAAAGCUACAGUAUUAAUUUUUGAAGAGAUCCUUUUUUUUAGUCUCCAGUUUUGAUUUAUAUUUUUGAUCUGCAUCUGCAAACGAAUUUCUGACUAAGUUUCAACUCAUGAAUUUCUUUGCUAUAUCAGUCAAUGUGGUUAAAAAAAAUUUUUUUUUAGAUAUUCUAAAUAACUCCUUAUCACAGAUAGUAUAGGUAUCUGGAUUUAUGUACUAAAAUUAAGAUUGGAGUAGAUUUCUUAAAAUCAUGGUCAUACAUUUUUCUUGUUUUUCUCCUGUGGUCAACCUCAAGUCUUUAGAAUUAAACACAUUUAACUCAGGGAAUUUGUACUACUUGGAAACACUUAACUGUAAUGCAACAUGCUUUGGGAAUGUUAUAGUAUGACUACCUUAAUAACAUAGGUUAGUAGACUCCUGCUAGAGUGUGUUUUCAAAUGAGAACAUAAUUGUAGCUUAGAAUGAAUGAAGUGGUGGUUCCUGUCAUUCAUAAUACACAUACAAGUUUUGCAUUUCUCAGUGCAAUCAAUGAUUUAUACUCAGAUUUGAUAUUAUUCUAAAAAAGUUUCAAGGGAAGGUGUAACUGUAAAAUGUCAGUACUAGAAUAAAGUCCCGUAA